ACAUUCGGAUGCUUGAAUAUCUCGAGAGAAAUAUCAAUAGAAAAAUAAAGCUUCACCCCGAAGUUAAAAGGCAUGGAGAAUCUUGGCAGUGUCGGCGAAGGUGAUGUAGGACAAACUGAAGGGAAAGAAAUUCCACCUCGCAGCGAUUUCGGAAAACGAUGGCAUCACUUCCGAAUUUUAACGUCACAUUCGUUUAUUCUUCGAGGUUCCCAUGCGAUGAGCGAUCGCCGGUUCAAGCACAAAAGUCGAGGUCGACAAGCGGCACCGUGCUCGGUGGUGGCCAUCGUUUACGGUCGCCUGUUUCAACCGAAGGAGUGGACGAGGAAUCACAUCGAUCAAGUACUCGAAUACGGUGACAAAUUGUUCCGCGUAAGCUUGACGAGGAACCAGCUGAAGGAUGAUGAAUACAUGAGGACCAAUCUCGUACACAAUGAGUUCUAUGUCGGUUUCUACAAAAUUCUAGUCGAUAUCGAGGACAACGGUAUCCACGGCAAUCUCGUUAGCGAGUCGGGUGGCAGCUCAGAUUUUGCCGAAGGCCUCCAAAAAUUUCUGAAGGACAAUGAUUCCGGGGUGAUCACCGCUCAGGGUAAUUCCGUCGCCGUGUGGCGUCAGUCUGGCGACGCCGGUUUCCUCUAUUACGAUCCGGCAUCGUGCGACGAGACCGGUCUGCGUUAUCCUGGUGGUACAGCUUGCCUCAUGAGGUUCAAGUUCAUCAAUGACUUGAAUGACCAUUUGUUAAAGAACCUGAAUUGGCGCUACGACUCUCGAUACUGCAUCAUCAAGGUCACCAUGUUGAGUGCCACAGAGGUCGGUCGUGGAUUCGUCGAUCGUCAACGUCUAGCCGACAUCAUUAGUCCACCCGUAGUCCGGAAGAAUGUAUUACGAUCCAUUAAUCCCGUGGACGUCGAUGAUCACAAAGUGGACUGUACCAAGCCUGUGCCCAGGGACGAGAAGUUGCAUACGCUCGCAAGGAUACGGAAAGAACCGUUGUCCAUCACCAUUUCAAAUUAUAGCAUCGACCGCCGAUUCGCCACGGAACUGCCGGUGAAUCGAAACGACUUUGACACAGGAUAUUCAUACGAUGACAUGCGCGUGAAUGUGCCGUCCACGUUUAGGGAAUUACCCGGCAAAAUAGCGAUUAUUCAUGGUUUGACCCAUGAAGGCAAUGAACUGUACAAGGGUAAGGGCGGACAAAACGUAGCGAAUUGCGUGAUGGCUAUCGCUAUGAACAAGGUGCAUCCGGUGAAGACAUGGACGAGGUCAAAGCUGGACGAGAUUUUGAUGCUGGGCGACUCGCUGUACGCUAACGUCAAAUCCGACAAGCCAAUAAUAAAAAUUAUGACAGCUGCCGAUUUAAAUGAUACAAAGUUCCAAAUAGGGGAUCAUAAACUAGUGAUAGAUGUCGAUCUGAUCACCGUGACUGGUACAAUUAGCUCAAAGGUUCCGUCGGUUUUGAAUCUGAAGCAGGCACUGGAAGAGUUUUUUCUGCUGAACGAGGGGGGUGUAAUCGAAACGACUUCAAUGGCGGCGGCGGUCUGGAGCCAGGAUGACUGUUACUAUCUGUUCGACCCUCGACCCUGCGAUGCUGCUGGCAUCAGGAUAAGGGAAGAAAAGGCUAUCAAAAUUAUGGGGAGAGAUAGGAAGGAGGAGGUAUCCAUACAGAAGGAUAAGAAGGAUAUAGGAAAUUGUUGCGUGAUUCGAUUUCCAAACGUGGACUCCUUGGUUGCGCUGUUCCUAAAGAACGUUGAUCCUACGAGAAAAAACGACCGAUUCACUAUCCGGCAUGUCACGAUCGUGGACGACGUGCCGGGCACUCGAGCUUGGAACGAGUUUCAGCCCGGUAUAGCGGGUAAGACGUGGGUGUUGCGAGGCGGAAUAUCCAACGUGGACGAGUUAUUCGAGGAGGAGAACCAAGGACUUCAAGGUCUUGCUAUGCCAGUUGUAGCCUUGGUGAGCGCGAAGGAAACACCAGCGGCGAAAUGGAGUAGCGAAACCGUCGACGAAGUGAUUAAGGAGGGCGACGCUUAUUACAACUGGUGCAAGCCUGCCGAAACGGAAGAGGAAACUGAAAGAUUGUUUCUUGUCCGAGACCUGAAGAAAAACUUGUACUUCAAAAAUCGAAAAGUAACCAUCGACGUCGAAGAGGCAACGGUUGUCGGCGAUUUAUCGGCAUCGGAUGAUUCUAAACUACCAAACCUGGAAGAAGGAUUGCGUCAAUUCUUCGAGAGCAAAAAUUAUGGAAUAAUCGAGACGAAAAGAUUGUCGGUGGCGGUGUGGAAAGACAAAGAGGAGAUCAAGGACAAGAUCAAGGAUAAAGAUAGAAACAAGGACAAAAAAGAGGAGACGUUUUAUUACUAUUUCGAUCCGAAUCCUCGUGAUAAAUUAGAUCAAUUGUCGGCGGAGAGAGACGAAGAGAAUUCUGCCUGCUUGGUGCGCUCUUCGGAUCUAUCAGCGUUAGCGGAUCUCAUUAAGAAGAAUGCGGGGCAAGAUGUUGAAGGCGGAAACGAUUUCAUGAUACACGAGCUAAAGAAUGUCUCCAUCGGCGCGCUGAUGACAGACGAGGAGAUCGAGGCGGACAAACAGAAAUUGAUCGUGCCAGAUUUGAAUAACUAUUCCAAUUUGGGCAAUACUGGCGCUUUACUUUUGGGCACGAUCGAUCAGAGAAACGAAUUGGCUUUCAAACGACAAACGAGAGAUAAGCAGCAGGCCGCUAACUCUCUAACGACCUUGGCCAUGACAAAACUUUACAAUCCUCAUCUGUGGUAUCGCGAACUCGUAGACGAUAUCUUGAGGAUCGGCGAUAAACUCACCAUCGAGAACCUGGCAAAUCUACCUGAAGUGGAGACUGAGGAGGAAUCUCCCAGGUAUUAUCUUCUCCCAUCGGAAAUCGCGGAAGACUUCGUCAUAGGAGUCAAUCGAAUGUCGGUCGAUCUUGAAGAAGAAUCUGUCACCGGAAGAAUGACUGAAGUGACGAGACUGCUGGAACAGUUUUUCGAGGGAAACGCGAUGGGAGUGUUUCGUCAAGAUGAUGUAAUAAUGCCGAUUUGGAGGGAGGGCAGAGUGUUCUUCACGAUGGAUCCUAGGGGCAGGAACGCUCAAGGCGAACCCAGAGAUAAGGACGGAGCUGCGGCAGUGAUGUUCUUCACCGAUAUCCCCUCGUUAGCCGAUGCUCUUCGAGCAGUUACACGGGAGAUCGACGACUUUGUCAUCGAUGCCGUCUCAAUCGAGAAUGUGUACGAGACGCGAGUUGCCAAAGGCCAACGUAUCAAGAAGACGACUUCUAGUGAAGAUCUGUGGCAUCAUUUUCCCAAACUCGCCAACGGUGUCUGGAGUAUCGACGGAAACGUCACUAUGACAGAUGAGAAGUUUGACGAGGCAAAUCGCGGCAAGCAAAGUGCGGCCAUCGCCGCGAUGACCAUUGUCUUCUCAAAGGUCUAUCAACCGAGACAGUGGACACCGUCAAUUCUUGAUGAAAUUAUCGUUACUGGCGACAAGCUGCACUCGAAGUGUGUCGAGAGACUUGGGAGCGUACCCCUAGUAAACGAAAUUAUCAACGAGUUCUUCCUGUCCUCUCGACGCAUUGCUCUGACGAUCAAUGACUGUGUUGAAGCGGGUAAUCUUGCGGGGAGACCUCCCAAGAUUCAAGAUUUGCAGACCGGAAUCGAUAAUUUUUUCAGCAAGUACGAAGCUGGCGCGUUGACCGUACGGGAAAAUCAAAAUCUAGCCAUAUGGAAGGUUGAUAACGCAUACUACGCUCUGAUACCCGAUUGGUCCACUACUACGGAAGAAAUUGUAUCAACGGUACCGCGAGUGAUUAGGUUCAGAGAUACGAGUCUUCUCGUAGAAUAUCUUUUGCGUCACUUGGGAACCGAAGGCGAUUAUCAAAUUACCGCGAUCGACGUACUGGACUGGAAUAAACCACCACCCUGGGAACUUGAUCCUAGUCCGGCGAUUCGACCAGCGAUGUUGCCUCCUUUGAACGCUUACAGAAAAUUACGAGGCGAAGCACGUGCUAUCUUACGCGGAAGCUAUCAUCAGGGUGACGAGAUCUUUCCGGAGACGCUACGCGGCCGACAGGCAGCAGCGAAUUGCGUUGUUGCACUCGGUAUGUCGGUCGUCAAGAGCCCCGUUACCUGGACGAAAAAAACUAUGGACGAAAUUUUGGCGAUUGGCAUUGGCGUUCACCGAGAGACAAGAAAGACCAGACCUACUGAGCUGAGACCGAAACUGAAGGACAUUAUAAGAGUAUUCCAUGUGGGUGUUAAUGUUUUGACCGUUGACAUCGAGCCUAAUACCGUGAUCGGUCUGGUGGCGGUUGCACCUUUUGUCUUGGAAGACGAGAAGAAGGGGCGAGAAGAGACGAAAGAAAAGAUCGAUAAAGGCAAGAAGAAAGAUCGUUCUCGACGAGAACGACCGCUAUCUUCUUCUCCAAUUUUACUCAUGGAAGGUUUGCGAAAAUUUUUCCAAGAUAAUCGUGCCGGCAUUCUAGUAACCGAUCGCGGAAUGGUCGCUAUUUGGAAGGAUCUAGGGGUCUACUUCACGUACGAUCCUAGAGCCAAAAACGAUCAGGGUCUGCCCGAUUCCGGCGGAACCUCGUGCGUAAUGUGGUUCGCUUGCAUGGAACCUUUGCACGAUACAAUUUUCGCCAACAUCGAUCCACGUGAGAGAUACGGGACUUUCGAGAUCUCUCGCGUGAUCGUGAGAAACGCCGUGAUCGAGGCACUGCCGUGUCCAGGUGAUUUUCGACCAUAUUUAGAGCGUAUUAUUGGGACGCCACCCGUUCCAAUUGCCUGCCCGAAAGAGACACGCACGUUGAACGUGGAGCCGCUGAACGAGUAUAACGUCGUGGACGAGGAGUUGAGCGUUCUGCGUGGCAGUCUACACAUGACGCAUCGGACCUUCAGCCUGAGAAACAGGGGUCUGCAGAGCACGGCGAUCGCGGCGGUUGCCGUUGUAAUGGGACUGUUACACGUGCCCUCCACGUGGACUUCCGAGCUGAUCGAUGCGGUUCUCAGAUACGGGGACUCGCUGUAUUUGGAGAGUGCCCGAGCCGCUCGAUCGGGCGCCAGGAACCUCUCGCCCAGCGAGCUGCUUACCGUGUUCAUCGUAGGUGACUCGAGGGUCACCGUUCACAUUAAUCAUCACACCACCGCGGGAAUACUUGACGCUUUUGAUCUAUCCGAAGCGCUCGCUAUGUUCUUCCGCGCGAACUGUGCCGGAAUAUUGCACACGACCAAUUUAGCGGUAGCCGUGAUGCAGCAUUACGGUAAAUUCUACAUGUUCGACCCGUGCUCGAGAAACGAUCGAGGCAGACCGGCUUACGACGGCGCCGCAUGCAUGUUCAGGUGUAAUAGUAUCGCGAGGAUGGCCAAGAUAUUCGUGGCCAAUUGCAACCUUAAGCGGCCGAACGUGUACACUCUGAACGCGGUUAACGUGUCGAGCCUGCAUUUCUUCUCGAUAACGAAAGACGUUCGUCCAUUUUAAACGUUAACCGCAUCGGUGUUUUUAUAUUUU